GGCCAAACAUAUUUUCUACCGGCGCAAGGGCACAUCAAUCAGCCAGUGCAACGGCCACGCCAGCGCCUGUACCAUCGGCCGGGGGACAAGCCGAUGGCAUCUCAGGAAGAGGAAGUGGACGAGGAGGAAAGCUUCAAGGAGGAAGUGGACAGGCUCAUCCGCCGGCAUCGCAACGAAAAGUACGCCCCAGAGCUCCUGCCCUACGACAAGGAGAUGGUCCACAACAUCUCCGAGGUGCUGCACUUCGUGGCAGAGGCCUUGGAGGAGUACCGCUCCAAUGGCCAGGCCAAGGACCUGCCGCACCACUACCUGCGGAGCACCGAGGCGGAGCGCCUUACGUACAUGCUCAGCGACUACCUGCGUCUUCGGCUCUGGAAGCUGAGCAAGUAUCCUUUGCACUACAUGGACCCGCAGCGGCAGAUGAUGCUGAGCUCAGCUGAGCGCAUUUGGCUCCACGAGUUCUGGGACAACAAGCGUAUGCACUUUCAGCACCGCUUCUUGGCAGCGCUGCCGGAGAAGAAGCAGGCGCUGGAUGAGCAGGUGGACGACAACCUGGACAUGAUCCGACGCCCACAAAUGGAUACACACAUCUACGCAAGGAUCUGCGGAGACGUUGGCACGAUUUCGCCCUCUCUGCAUGCUUCUCCAGGCGUGUCCAGCACACCCGGCACCAAAGACUUGCGAUUGUUCGAAGGGGAGACCUACCUGAUCCGCUACAAAGAGAUUCGGAAAUUCCUGGUGGAACCGGAUCACGAUGGGAAGGUCGAGCUUGUGUGAGGUGUCACAGCUCGGGCUCGGGGGCUUAGGAUGCAAAGACUGCAUCCCGAUGCAAAUCAACCUUGCAUC